CUGGGGAGCUGGGGGUGAUGGGUGCCGCCGGCACCACACCAGCAUCCCGCUGGACGUCCCGCUCAGGCUCAGCAGGGCCAUAGAGCCCUUCUCUUCCUGAGGCAUCACAAAAUAACAUCCAUUGAAACUUCCUCCCAGAACAGGAUGGGAAAAGGAAAAAAAAAUCACUUUCUGGGAACAAUUUUUUUUGCUGGCAAGCUCCCAAGAAGGGUCUGGGGUUGGAGGGUUCCUUUUGGGCAGAGGGCACAACACUGUCCGCAAAGGGCAGGGUGACAGCGUGCAGCUGGCGAUGCUCGAGCUGAAGGAGCAUCACCACAGGACAAAACGGGGCUGAGGAACAGGACCCAGACCACUUGCCACGCUGCCCAGCGAGCUGCUCCCAGCUCUGCCUAUGGAAUAAACUUGUUCAUGAGCUGCAAACCGGGCUGGUGGGGCAGAGCGGCCGGACGCCACGGGGAUGGGCUGCGCUCCAUCAGGUUUUACGCUGCUCAGGAGGGACGGGUGCAGGCAGCGGGGCCGCGGCGCUCACGGCUCCUCUGCCUCUGCAGCACCGGGCCCUGCGAUGCCGUUUGGCUGCGUGACGCUGGGGGACAAGAAAGACUACAACCAACCAUCCGAGGUGACCGACAGAUAUGACCUGGGCCAGGUCAUCAAAACGGAGGAGUUCUGCGAAAUCUUCCGGGCGAAGGAGAAGACGUCGGGCAAGCUGUACACCUGCAAGAAGUUCCUGAAGCGGGAUGGGCGCAAGGUGCGGAAGGCGGCCAAGAAUGAGAUCAUCAUCCUGAAAAUGGUGAAGCACCCCAACAUCCUGCAGCUGGUGGACGUCUACAUCACGCGCAAGGAGUACUUCAUCUUCCUGGAGCUGGCCACGGGCCGGGAGGUCUUCGACUGGAUCCUGGACCAGGGCUACUACUCGGAGAAGGACACCAGCAACGUCAUCCGGCAAGUGCUGGAGGCCGUCGCAUACCUGCACUCCCUCAAGAUCGUGCACAGGAACCUCAAGCUGGAGAACCUGGUGUACUACAACCGCCUGAAGAACUCCAAGAUCGUCAUCAGCGACUUCCACCUGGCCAAGCUGGAGAACGGCCUCAUCAAGGAGCCCUGCGGCACCCCCGAGUACCUGGCUCCGGAGGUGGUGGGGCGGCAGCGGUAUGGGCGACCAGUGGACUGCUGGGCCAUUGGUGUCAUCAUGUACAUUCUCCUCUCGGGGAACCCCCCCUUCUACGAGGAGGCGGACGAGGAUGACUACGAGAACCACGACAAGAACCUCUUCCGCAAAAUCCUGGCAGGGGACUACGAGUUCGACCCGCCCUACUGGGAUGACAUCUCGCAGGCGGCCAAGGAGCUGGUGACACGGCUGAUGGAGGUGGAGCAGGACCAGCGGAUCACAGCGGAGGAGGCCAUCUCCCACGAAUGGAUCUCUGGCAACGCCGCCUCCGACAAGAACAUCAAGGACGGCGUCUGCGCCCAGAUCGAGAAGAACUUCGCCAGGGCCAAGUGGAAGAAAGCCGUGCGAGUGACCACGCUCAUGAAGCGCCUGCGGGCGCCCGAGCAGACGGAGUCGGCCCCUGCCGGGCUCGCCGUGCCCGUGGCGGCGUGGGGAGCGGGGCCCGCUCGGCCGUCGGGCGGACUCGGAGCGCCCCGCGGCGGGGGCGUGGCCGGGCGGCCGGCAAGACGCGCCCCCGAGGAGCGGGCCGAGCGCGAGCCUCGUGAGGUCACUUCCGGCCUGUACCGGAAGUGGCGGCCGGGCGGCCGGGUUUGA